UUUUUUCUUUGUUUCACUUCCAGAAAAGUAAACUUAAAUAUCUACACACCAUCACCAUCCCCAUCAUCAUCAUCAUCCUCUCAUAACAAUCCUUCUUUUAAGCCCCAGUUGUUCCAAGAAAAAUCCAGACUACAAUCCCCACACAGCGUUGCAGAAAAGGAGCAACCUUCACUUGGAGAUAAUGGAGAGUCAGAUUGUUAGCCGAAGGGUGAACAUGAUUGCUGCCCACUUAGCUGCCCAUGAAGACAUUUCCACUGCCCCCACUCAUGUCUUUCCUGUGAUUUGCAGCAGUAAUCUGAACUCGGUAAUCCGGAGGUGUGACAACAGAAUGCACUUUGCAAGGCAGGGUUCGAGUUCCCAAGGUUGUUUCAUGAGGCCGAGUUCAUAUGAGCAGGGAAAUCCAUCCGCGAUUCCUCCUAAAUCUAUUGGUUAUGCAAACACCGCCUCUAAUGCUUCUGACACACCGAUGUUCUCUAGACCUUCCAGCGUGGAACCCUCUAAGAAAAGUGUUCAGCAGAUUGCAUAUGUAGCGCAAUGUUACAAAUACCAAUACUCCGAGUGUUCUCCUGAAGCUCCUAAAUUUGCAAGGCCUUGUGGAACAAGAACUGAAGAAUCCCGAGUUCAGUCCAGACCAAGAAAUUAUGCUUCUGAAACUAAAGGGUGGUCUCCAAAGAUGGAUGUUGCAGAGUCGAGAUUGAACUAUAUGGUCAUGGUGGAACUUCCCGGUGUCAAUGUUAGUGAUAUUAAAGUGGAAGUCAGCGACCAAAACCUGAUGAUAUCUGGAAACCGGCCAACCCCGUGGAAAGUGGCAACUUAUUUAUGUGACUCGGUGUCUGCAUAUCACAAAAGGGACAUUUUACAGGGACCAUACCAGUUAGCGUGGCCUCUUCCCUCUAAUGUGAACAAGGACAGUGUCAAAGCCGAGUUUUUUGAUGGGCUCUUGAGGGUUAUAGUCCCAAAGCUUUCGUAAUCCGGGCAGCACAGUUCUAGGUGCAGAUGCACGAGUUUUACACGCCAGCAACUUAUAUGUCUUUGCAUACUUAUGAGUGUUUAUACACAUGAUGUUUGUACUAUGAUUAUGCAGUUUUUUAUACUGUUUGUCUGUGUAAGUAUUGAACAUUAUGGCCAUCAAUAUCAGUGAUGAAAACGUUACGAACUA